UUGUAAAGAUCUAACAAGAAGCUUUCCAUGCACUCAGAUCUGUGUACCAGGCUGCAAUUGUCCAAACGGCACUCUUCUGAAUGAAUAUGGCUUGUGUGUUACAAAGAAUCAAUGUCCUUGCUACGAUCAGACUAAUGUUUAUCAGCCAGGCCAUAUUUUGUACCGCAAGGAUUGUUUACGGUGGUAUGUGAGCCAUUUGUAACUUUUCUUGAUUCAUUCUUGAUAGAGAGUCCAUUGUAUUACUCAAACAUCUCUUUUGAGCACUAUUAUUACACAUCUAUGCCGCAUUUGUAAAUUUUGCUGCUAUGGGCAAACCAUUUGAAGCACUCUGUGCCAGCCGAGAUUGAUUGUAACAAAUGUGAAAAGCUUAUCAUUAUAAUUUACUUUUAAACCAGUAUUUCAGAUUCACUGCAACACCUUAACCAGCAUUGUCAGGUAAUUAUGUAGUCCUUUCAAUGCAGUUUGUGCAAAGAUGGCAUCUUUAAAUGCGAGCAGGAGACGACCUGUGAAAGUUUAGCGUGUCCCUCCAACCAGGUAUGGAUGACAUAUGGAACAGAGUGUGCAAGAACAUGCACAACACUUCAUUUACCAUGUCUUGGCUCGGUUACAACAGCAGGUUGUCGAUGCAAAUUCCCUUUGGUCUGGGAUGAUAGUAUCAAGCGCUGUAUUCACGAAUCCGAGUGCCCGUGCCACCAUCAUGGAAGAAGUUACCAACCAGGAUCAAAGAUUCAAUGGGGAUGCAAUCAGUGCAUUUGUAACAACACAAAAUGGCAUUGCACAAAAAGUGAGUGUGCUGGCUGGUGUUCGGCAUAUGGAGAUCCUCACUAUACGUCUUUUGAUGGCAAAAAGUUCAUGUUUCAAGGCUCGUGUGAGUAUGUUAUGGCGCAAGACUUCUGUAAUGGAAGAAAUGGUACCUUUCGAGUACAAACACAGAACGUUGUUUGUGGUAGUACUGGAGUCACGUGCGCAAAGGAUAUUACUGUUCAAGUUGGGGAUACUGUUCUGCGAAUGGAAAGGGGAAAAGAAAUCACCGCCAAGCCGGAAGUCGGUGCUCUGACUAUGACAGCAAAGUAUGACAUUGUCAGCAGUGGUAUAUAUACAAUACUUGUUACUGAUAUCGGAUUGUCCGUGAUAUGGGAUGGUGGUACUACUGUCUAUGUUUCGCUCAGUCCAACAUAUAAAGGAAAAACUUGCGGCUUGUGUGGUAAUUUCAAUGGAGACAGAGCAGACGACUUUCAAACCCCAGAGAAUGACGUAUCUGUAUUGGCAACAUCAUUUGGUGAUAGCUGGUCAACACAACAAAAUUGCCCCAAUGCUCAAGAUCCACCAAACGCAUGCGUAUUCCACAAAGACAGAGCACCAUGGGCACAUAAACAAUGCAAUAUUCUCAAUAAAGAACCGUUUAUACAGUGCCACGAGGCGGUGAAUCCAAAACCAUACUUUGAUGCAUGCUUCUUGGAUACAUGCUCUUGUGAUCUUGGGGGUGACUGUGAAUGUCUCUGCACUGCAGUGUCGGCCUAUGCAUCAGAAUGCAGUAAACAAGGAGUACAUAUCAGAUGGCGAUCAAAAGACUUCUGUCCUAUGCAGUGUGAUUAUGGUAGCCAGUAUGUAGCAUGUGGUCCAAGUUAUGCAAGAACCUGCGACAACCUUUGCAAGCCGACUCCUCAAAUGCCAUUAACCUGCACCGAAGGCUGCCAUUGUCCAAACGGUACAGUCAAUUAUCAAGGCAACUGUGUUAACCCAAAUCAGUGUCCAUGUAUUCAAGAUGGCGUUGCUCAUCCACCUGGAUCGUUGGUUAUCAGAAACUGUCAGCAGUGCACUUGCAUAAGUGGAUGCCUUGUUUGUAGUGGUCCUACAUGCCGCCCAAGCCUACAGACGACCAUAGUGACCAGCACAGUGAGUCAGUCGACGUCUACAAUUCAUACGAAAGCCAAGUCUAUCUUCGAGCAGUCAACAAAUCUACCUAGUUCAUCUGUAUCAUCAACAACAUUGAUUCCGUACACCGAAGGAACCACACAGUCAAUUGGAACGUUUCCUUUUCCCGCCACACAAAUGUCAACAACAACUGAAGCAAUUCAAGCUACUAGUAAUGCUACGGGAGCAGGCAAGUCAGUUUAGCAAUUUUGUUUUGAAAUAGAAUUCUGGGCCUCUUUAAUAAAACGUUUAUUUGAACUCAAUCGACCGCAAUAAAAGUGGAUGCCAGUAAAACAUACAAGAAAACUAAUGUUCACUAUUUAUCUUUUAAUAUUGCUAGAAUACAUUA